AUGAGUAUGAAUGACAGUUUCUUUGACAACAUUCAAAUUUUGAACUAAAAUGUAACUACAUAUAGUAAACCAUAAACCAUUUGCAAAUCUUUAGAACGUUCAUUCGCAAUUUGCACUAAUCCCCCUAAGUAUGUAUGCCUAUGAAAUUUAUACUUACAGCAAAAAUAUUCAACAACAAACAUAAUUACACAAAGACAUUUCGAUAUAAAGACAUUAAUCAUACAAAUUAGAUUAUUUUUUAAAAUAAUAAGCUAGGAAUUCGUAAAAUAAUACUUAAUCUAAAAGCUAUCGUAGUAUAAAAUAAUAAGAUUAUAACACAAACAAUUUAACAUAGAACCCUUAAAGUAAUUUUAAUAUCGAUUUAGAAUCUUAUUUAAAGUAAUAGAUGAGAUUAAAAAUAAACUUAGAAAAUGAUUCCUAUUAAUCUAAUUUGAGACACAAAACCUCAUCUUCACAUAAUACAACUAAUCCUUAUUAAUCAUCAUUAGCAACAUUAAUGAAAUAACAAGUACUUAUUAAGAUUAAUCAAUAAAGAUGUAGAAAUAAUAACAAAGUUAUGCCAAUAUAUGCAAGACCUUAAAUGAUGAAUCUAAACCAAGAAUUUCUUCGACACAUAGACAAUCUAUAAUACCUUAAAAAAUAACUUAGAGAUAAGAUUCUGUAAAUAUAAGAAAGAGUAAUUCAGUCUAUAUGCAGGAAUUUAGAAAAGUGUUUAACAAAAGUAAAUAUAGUAUUCACAACAAUAUUUGA